AUGCUAGAGUAUCAAUCUACACAAACAAACGAAGAUUUCUCUAAUCGGAGUACAAAUCUCAGCUCCCAAGAAGAAGCCAAACCAUCAUUAACUAAAAUUUGGGAAAUUAUUGUCCGAACUAAACGACUCCCAGAUGGAGUGAGCGAAGCUUUAUUAUACGAAUCAAUUCGUGACAAACUACGCGAUCCAGAAAAAGAAGUUCGCCAACAUGUUCUUAGAGUGCUUAUGGAUCUUAUUCAAGUAACCCAGUCAUCGAAUCUAGAUAAACGAAUGCAAGAAUUGGUUCCAGAUAUUAUAAAAAUUUUGGGCCAUUCUUCACCUUCCCUAAGAAAAACUGCGUUGGACUUUCUUAAGAAAUAUUUGAAAUUAAGUGGAAAUUAUUAUGAGAUUAUGAGGGACUUGAUAGACUCGCCGGAUUAUUUAAUGAGCGCAACUCCGUUUUUAAUAAAUUCCGAAACUGAUGAUAAAACUGUGAGUUUAGUUCUUGAGCAAUUGUGGAAGGAUUUGGAAAGAUCAAAUAUCAACCAGGAGAUUCCUGCUAAAUCAUUAGCCAGAUUAAGAUACAAUCUUGGUGAUGAGAGGUUCAAAUAUCUAAUCGGAUUGGAGAGGUAUCGAAAACUUCAAGAAAUCUGUGAAAUUUAUGGUCUUCCUAUAGAUUAUAGCGACACAGACAUAAUGAUCAGCGAAAACGAUAACUGGAGCCAUGACGAAGCUCUAGAAGAUAAAGUCAUUCUAGAAACUGAAAUAACGCUCAAGACAGGACCGGCGAUUACUAUGAAAAUUCACGAGGAAAGUAGACCCAAUAGUGGAGUGGGUAAUCCUGGAGAGAUAGAAGUUAAAUCAAAGUUUGAAGCAGCAAGAAGAACGCCUAGAAAAGUACGUUUCGGCGGAGAACAUGUGAAGUUACGCACUCCUGAAAGCGAUAGCAGUAAUCAAGACGAACCGAAGAAUACUUUACGUAUAACUGUAACAGAUGCUGUAGCUAUAACUACUAAGAAGAGUCUCAUUCCAAUUCGAAUAACUUCUCUACCGACAACACCUCUAAAAAGAUCACAGAAUAUUACAAAAAAUAGAUUACAUCAGUCGGCUCCGAAUUUAAGCAGAAACUUUGAAACAUCCAGAAUACCUUUUAGUCGAGAAUCUAACUUGAAGGAAAAGUUCAAUAUUCCACAGAAAAUUUUAAAAGAUAAACCGCAAAUGAAAUUAAAAAGCAGAUCGUCAGAUAACUUAGACAUUUCCAAAACUGUUAUACCUAUCUCGUCAGUUAGGACUAUCAAUAAUGUCAGUCCUCUUCCGCCGCAUAAGGAAAUCGAAGUUUUACACAACUUAACAAGAAGUCCAGCCAAGAAACGACGCCCUAGUACUGUAGACGUUUCCGUUACAUCUACAGAAGCUAACACGAGUUUCAAUAGUUUCAAAAUAUGUCCGAUGUCGUCAGGUGAGGUUUCUUGUGAUACCACUACAGAAUCAGAAAAAAAUUAUGACAGUUUCAAAAUAUGUCCAAUAUCUGAAGAACAACCACCCGAAGAUUUGAGAAUCAGUCUUUUCAACGCUAAUAGCUUAUCUACAAGUACAUAUUCUUCUGAUAAAAGUUCGAGUCAAGACAUUGUUGAUGGAACACAGCCUUUGGGAUAUAAUAGCGUUCGAGCGUUGGAAUAUAUUUCUCCAGACAAAGGUUAUAAUAGUUUUACAGUGUAUCCUCACAAUUUGAACCACGAGAAGAAGAAAACUGUCCCAGAAGAAAUAAUGCCACAAGAUGUAAAUGAAAAUUUGGAUUUCAAUAGGCAGUGGAAAUUGUCAUCUUUAAGUUCAGAGGAUAGCUUUGGGAAUAAAUCUGAGGCACUGGAUAAUCUAGUUAAGAUGUUAAAGCAACCAGGAACUUGUGAGAGUCUAGAAGCUGGACCUGCAGCUCUACUUUUUGAAGCACUAUUCGCUUGCCAGUAUCUUGAUAAACUUCAUUUUCUUGCAGAUGCCGCUCUUGGUUUAAUGAUAAAAAAUAUUCGAGCUGAAAUCUUGGAGCGAUGCUUGGGAAGAGUGAGUCUAGAAAUAUGUAAAAUAGGAGCUCCUUCUGGUGUCUAUUUAGCUCUGAUGAUAAUGAAUAAAUGUUCUCCAAAAAGAUUUCUACAAGAAAUUAUGGAUAGAUGUUUUGCUCAUAAAACUAGAGAAGGUGCUUUGCAGGUGCUAAUGGCUUCGUCUAGACUACUUCCUCGCACCGACUUAGAAAUUAUCAAAAUGGCUGAAUUUGCUGCUGCUACUCUAAGAGAUAAAAGACGAAAAGUUAGACACGCUGCUUUGGAAACUUUAGCUACCUUGGCUCAACUUAGUUCGAACGGAGAAGUGUUGGGUGUGGUAGAGAGGGUUACCAAAGCUGUCCCGGAUCAUCAAUAUCUACUUAGAGUUGUUCGAACAAGAUUGUCCCGUCGCCAGUUACCAACAGUUGAACUAAAUGGUACUGUUCGUUAUUCCACUCCUAAAGACCCCAGUGAAGUAGAAUGGUUAUCUGGUAGUAUUUCGAACGAUAAUCAUUCUGUAUCAUCUUCAGCAUCCUCAUCAAAUAAUUCAGUAAAUUAUUGGAGACGUAACUCUCGACACGAUGUAGAUGAAAAAAGAAUCGGAUCGGCUCAGUCAUCAAUUAAGCUCUUCUUCACUCACGCUUCUUGUCUCAAGUUCACGCCGGCUUCGUAUUCUCAUUUUGACAUGCUGCUUUGCAGAUUAUUUGCACUAAGGCCGGUUUCUUUAAAUAAUUUUGUGGUGGAUGAAAGUGCCAAUGGAAAUCAACAAAUCUGGGCAGUUGAUUCUUCAGUCUUCCCCAGAAAUGGACGAGUCAAAGAUAAUAUCACAAAAGGAAAUUCGUCCAUAUUACGACCUGUAUACAUACUUCAACCGGAGGCGGUAACUGAGAAUGUUCGUGGCUAUCGUCGAUACGAUAGAGGCAGAUCCUUCUCGCCACCGAAACCGAAUCAAAAACAAGCUGCGCAUCCUGUUCCAGCAUCCACAACACUACAAAAUAUUGUUCCCUCCCAAAAUAAUUUUAGUUACCGAGAGGGUGUCAGGAAAAGCUUCUCAUCCGAACAAUUAUUCGUUAGGGAGAGGGAAAAUCAUGAGCCCUAUUCUUAUUCUCUAUCGAGUAGGUCUUCGUCGACUUCAACAGGUUCCUCCACGAAAAGUGGUAUCUGGCAUAAAGAAAUGAGGUCAGGAAUUCCAGUACCGAUCACAUCGGAAACGAAAUUCAGGCUACGAACUAAUGCAUCGUCUAACAAUGUCACAGGUCCCGUUGUAGCCCGUAGGCUACUCAUCGAGUAUAAUGUUGAAAUAAAAAUGUGCAAUAACAACGUGUUGACGAACCCGUGGGGUCUUCGCGAGAGUCCCCCAUUAGGUAAAGUAAUCGCCAAGUGCUGCCCAUGUUUUUUUACGAAAAUUUCGGAUAUACAUGUGAGCGGCGCAAAAGAAGUUUCGACGCCGGUGUUGACUAUCACCCUACCACCCAAAUCUUUAAGUGAAAAGUCUGCUUUAGGCAGUGUCCCAGAUACACCAAUUAUUGCUCGCUCAUCUCCAAGAGAAUCCCCCGAAAAACAAAACACUAUACAAGUUGUACAACCUCCUCCUUUAUCAUCUGGCUCUGAAUCUUCAGGAUAUGAUACUCCUCCUCCCGAAUCGAACAAAGCUUUUGUUAAGUUGGAUAGCGUUGACAAAACAUCUGAAUCUGGAAGAGAAGAUGAUGAAAAUGAUACUAACAAUACUAUUCAAGAAUCUAAAGAUGAUGUCGAUUCCACACAAGAAAUAUCAACGAUUAAUGUGUCUCCCAGCCGCACAGAAACAACUCAAGUGAUUGAAGAAUCAAUACAACGAAAUGCGGAUUCUUCACCUUCAGCAACAGAAAUUUUCGUAAAAGAAGAUCCAGUAGUUCGCCGGUUUAGUAUCUCUCACUCCAACGAACCUUCAUUCAUAGAAAAAACAUCGCCGAUUGCAGGGAAAAAAGUUAAAAGUAAAUCAGUAAUUGACUUACCGAGUUUCCUUCCAGAGAUAUCACCCAGUAGGAAAAACAUUAACUCAGCUCCAUUGCUCAAGGAAGAUAUUAUCUCCAAUGGCAAUAUAGUGAUAUCUACUUAUGAAGAGAUACAUACCGUAAUUCCAAUAAGUACUAUUCAAGGUGACGCGAACCAGAAUACCGAGUCCCCUCCAAAAGAAAUAACAAUCACCAGAAAACUUAGUAGAAGAUUAUCAAGAACUCAAAGUAGGAGAUCUAUAAAAUCGACUCCAAGAAAUGAUUCUCCCAACUCCUCAAGAUCCCGCGGUAACAAAUCUAAAGACACCACCCUGCAACUUUCAUUGAAUCAAUUGAAUAAUCCUGAAUGGGAAGUGAUGAUUCAAGGACUCAAAAGUUUAACACAUAUUGCCAAAUAUUAUCCAGAAGUAAUUGAGGGGCAGAUGCAUACCGUGUGCGUCAAUUUGGCAAAGCAUAUAAAGAAUCUAAGAUCACAAGUUGCAAGAGCUGCUUGUCAUACAGCUGCUGAAUUAUUUGGAUCAUGUAAAAGGAAUUUGGAUAUGGAGCUGGAGGAAAUAGCGGGGCCCUUACUUCAUAGAACAGCUGACACCAAUAAAUUCCUUAGAGCCGAUGCGAAUGCAGCACUCGACGUGAUGUGCAAGAAUCUUCCAAUUAAUCGUACAAUAACGGUUAUAAUAUCGAGGGGCUGUAACCACCAAAAUAGCAUUGUACGUGCAGCAGCAAUAAGACUGAUGACCGACCUAGUCAAGAGGCAUGGAGCGGAUAAGAUUUUUCAAAUGAAUAAAGAAAUCAGGGAUAAAAUUAUUGUAGCAGGUGCUAACUCCUUAACAGAUGGAAGUUUAGAGGCAAGAAGUCACGGAAAAGAAAUGUUUUCUCAUUUAAUAGGCCACUCACAAUUCCAGAAAAGCUUAUUAGAGGCAGUACCUCAGAAUACAUUAAGGCAUAUAGCGAAGACACUUAAUUCUAUCAAAGCGAGUGGAACAUAACUGUUAUUAUGAAGGAAAUAAUGACCAUUUUUCCACAUGAAAUGUACAGGGUUGAUCACUUAUUUUGAUAUAACAAGUGAGCUAAUAAAAAUGACGAUUUGCGAUUUGUAGUUUCAAAAAGAUUUUGUGAAUCGGUUACAUUUGUUUUUAGACAUGAUAAAAAAUAACUUAUGAGAGUUUUAAUAUAAAUUCAACAUCCUUGUAUAAAAUGUCUCACUAUUCAUAUGCUCAAUACCUUCCAUAUAAAGCCGCGUCCCCACUGCACAAACAUUGUUUGUCAAACAUUUGUCGAAAAUUUGGACAAACUUUUUUGUUUGACAAACAAUAUUCGCGGUGUUUUUGAUGUGGACGCUAUUCCAACAAACAUUUCAUGUAUGGAAGGAAAAGGGGCCGCUAUUUUUGUUUGUCUAGAAUGUUCCCGUCCUAGUUUAUCUCUCGCUGAUAAUCGUUUGCGUAUCUCAGAGGCAAAGCUAUGUUGAACGAUCUGUACGUUGGAACAGACUAUAAAUGCAGAUGCAGCUAAACGUCUCAGCGGUAUUGCACAUUUUACAAAUUCGAUAGCUGCAUGUCAACGCUGGACAAAAA